ACUAUAAUCACGCUCGCAACUUUACCUAGGGCAUAGGACGGAUAGGUACGAAGUAGUUGGAUGUUCUCAAAACUCGGGUGAGGCGUUGAGACGGCAAGUGCUGGGCUCUGACAGGAGUGGUUGGUUCGUGCACAAACUACGUCAUCGCACUUGCCGCUCAUGAGAAUGAACACCGAGUAGUAGUAUUCAAUGAAGGCAAUUUUCAAACGAUGGGAAAGGCAAUGACUACCAAUUUUGUUUUUCCAACAUAGUCACAAAACAAACGAACGAAAACCAAACAGACAAGAUGGACGGCGCCAAAGGAGUCGUGAUUACACUCUUUAGCAUCCUCUUUCCUCCCAUCGGAGUCGCCAUGCUGGCCGGCUGCGGCGCAGACUUGCUGAUAAACAUAAUCCUUACUGUUUGGCUUUUCUGGCUGCCCGGCGUUCUGCAUGCCUUCUACCUCCUUAUUGUUUACUACGACCGACGGGAGAAGUACAAGGUCGGGGGUCCACCCCUCAAGCGGGCUCCCUUUAUAUUCAGCGACAAAGUGCAGUCGGGCGGUGCCACCGGGUCUCGGUGGAAAUACUAAGGUUAUCCUGUCGCGGGUGAGGGCUCGUAGCUGAUGAUGGUCGAAUUCGGGCGAUGAAAAAAGCAGACACGGCAUCCCUAAACUAUUUUUAUAAUACUCCAAAAAGAAGAGAAACAACAGUCCCCAACUACCUUACCCGGUAGAUACAAAUACAACAACCUUAGUGUGGUUCUCGAAUGCAUCGAAGGAACCCCCGUCAGAUGGGCAUGGGGUUCGCGAUUUCCUGAAUAUGCAGGGAUCCGAGCUUGAGCGCGUGGCGCGUGUUUCAAAUUCAGAGCACGGGUUCUUGGGGUUUUAAAGCAGGAAGACUGGCAAAGAUCCCUCUUUUCACCCGAACUCAACCGGGGAAGUGGUGAGGCAUGUUCUGGA